UCAUUUCUCAAGCGACGUUGCCCCAGUCGUUCUCGAGAGCUAGCCGUGUACUGUCUGUGUUGUAGCUGAACGCCCACCUAAGUGUCCGUGAGUUUGUGUUUGCACAGUUGUCGUACCAUAAAGCAGAUUUCUUGUUAGAUUUUGCGCGCAGUACAUGCUAGUAAUAACACCAGCUGAGAAAGAUAAAACGUUUUCAAUCAAACAGAUGAUAUUAUUCCGAAUAUUGUUUGUUUCUGCUAUAAAUUGGUAGUCUAACCAUAUUAGAUUGCAUCGCCUGAAUGACAUAUACAGACAACGAUCGACAGAUUUCUCAUCAAUUUCUUAAGUUUAUUGUUAUAAUUUAUGGAAGAAAGCAGACGAAGUGUACUUCAUUGGCGCCUGUUUUUAGUUAGAAAUACUGUAAUGUUCUGGAUGCAAUAUUUUCGUGUCAUGUCAACAAAAAAGUGAGAGGAGCUGCAGUAUUGUAUCACUUCUUCUCUGGGUUUUUAAGAGUUUUCUGCCAGAAUUUCAAAUCUAUGUCAAUAAUUGUACAUCUAAAACCAACUCAACACAUAAAAAAUGGAAAGAACUUGUAGUUUAGAAUGAAAUUAAAUAUAUAACAACAAAUCUCAGUAUGAGGUUUUCUCCUGUUCAAGAAGAUGAUGGUGGGGUAAGUUUGUGGUUUCAAAUACCCCUAGAUGAUUUUGAUGAAUAUAUAAUGGCUGCAAGCGAGGAAAGUGAUCUUUGCAAUGAUAACGCAAUUGUUGAAAGUUCCAUGGAAUCCAACCUUCCAUUACUAUUUGCAAAAGGAUUUCCAGCUUCAUUAGAAACAAUGGAUACGGAGGAAUUAGAGAAGUUUAUAAUUUUUAUGGUACAAUGCUCUUUUGGAAAUAUACCUUUAGAUUCAAUACGUAAACCUCCAUGGUGGCCAAAAGAAAUUAGUUUUGCUCUUCCAGUAGUUAGACCACCAAAAGAACUUAAAAUGUACCAAGCUAACUUAAAGAAAGUUGUAUUAAGGUGUUAUACCUAUCACCGAAGCGAAUAUUUGCUGCGCUUUUGUAAAUAUUUAUCACAAUAUCCUAAAGAAAUUUUUGAAUAUGUCAACAAUUGGGAUUCAACGACAAGUUUAUUUCUCAAACCUACUGGAAAAUUAUUGGUCACUUUUCGAAAUGAAAAUAUGAAUUACGAUCGGAAAGCACCAGGGUCGAAGAAAACACCCAAUCCUGACAAUUCUUCAAACAAUUUCAAUAAUAGGAAACGACCUAUGCGACUGGUGCCUUUCACCUCUACAGAUGAAUCUAUGACGAAUGAAAUUUAUCUUUGUGAUAACUGUGAUGAAGAAUUUGUAGGCGAAAAAAAUAUGAAGGAACACGAAAAAUUAUGUUAUCCUUCUGAAGCAAAAGAAAGUGAUUCUGAGCCAAAACCGAUGACUCCUGAGCCAGAGCUACCUGCCGCUGCAUCGGAUAUGAGCCUCGAAAGUUUUAUGGGUUUAUUCAAUAUGUGUCCAAAAUCUGUAAUUAAAGAUCUAGCUAGUCAAGAAAAGGAAAGGAGAAAACAACCUAGACGUGGACCAAUCGAACAGUUGAAUAAUAAUUCUCGGACACGGAAUUCGAACAGUCUUUCACGCUCGUUUCAUAUACCAUUUUCGUCUCCUAGUGGCAGAAUGCUUAUCAAAAAUUCAAAAUGUAUGACAGAUUCGAUGAUGGAAGAACGUGUAGAAAAGAUGGGGCGUAAUUGUCCAGCACUACCUUUAAAAAGUAAAGAAGCAAAGAACCGGUGGAAAGUCAUCGCAUCAUCAAAUGCCGAAAAUGAUUCGUGGCCAAUUGAAUACAAAAAAAAGAAAUCAGAUCGAAAGCCCAAACAAUCACGAAUUUACAAUUUUGGUAACUACUCUAAUAAACCUGCUCUCAACAUCCGAUCACAAGCAUUAAAACUCAAAUGUAAACCAAUUAACGUAGCAUUGAAAAAAUUAUCAGAGUCAGAGAUAGAAAGACUUCGCAAGGACCCAUCACUAUACAAAGCGCCAAUACCUCAAAUAACAAUCGUCCGUCCUCGAUCACCCAUACUCAAAAUCAGCUGCACAAGUCAAUCACCAGCAAACAAUACAGUUUCAAAGAAUACUACUGAUGACGAGCCCAUCUGCAUUGAUUUAGAUGACGAUUCUGACGACGAAUUGGUCGUAAUUCACUCAUCAAACGAACUGAAAUCAAUUUCCCCCAAACCCAAAGUAUCCUUAACCAAACGUUCAUCAUCAACUUUACCAGUGGCUGUAACAUCACCACAAUUCAUUAGACCACCCCAUUUAAAAAAUAUUUUAACCGUUAAUCCUAUGCAACAAAACCACAACAAUCAGAAUCUGGUUAGUUUAUUGUCAGCAUCGCAAAAAAAUCAAUCGACUUCUCCAACUCGACCAGUACCGAUAUUUUCAUCGGCCAAAACAUCGCCACGCACGACAAAUAUGAUGCAAGCAAAGACCUGUCAAAAACGCAGGCUCGCAACGGUUGCGCCUUUCAUAAGAUCCUUACCCAAAGAAAUAUUGCCACCUUCUGCUAAAAAGCCAAGAUCAGUUAGCCAAGAUGUUAUAAUAGAUCUUUGUGAUUCCGACGAUGAAGAUACAGAUUUGAAACAAAAAAAUCAGCAAUCAAUGGAAAACGAUGUUUCAUAUUAUGUUCAGCCUUACAAUUUUGACCAUCCAAAUGAAAGAUUGCAGCAGCAAUGGGGAUGUCAUUUUCUUGUUGGUUCAUCCGCGUUGAAAAAUAAUUUCUCAUGAUUUGUUACUUACUCUUCGUUCAUGGACAAAACUGCCAAAAAAUAGAAAUCGAAUAGGUUGGUUGUGAAAUCACAUGUUAUCAAUGUAUUAUGUACAUGGUUGAUUGUCAACUAUUCUAUUCAAUUUCUUUAAUUCAAAUAGCAAUUUUAACUUUUUCUAGAGAUGCAAAGCAAAAAUUACUUCUCUAGAAUCAAAGUACAUACGUUUUUAUGUACGUUUGUAAAAAUAGAAUAUCAGGCCUCCUAAAAAGUGAUACGUGAUAAUACAUUAAUAAUCUUAAGAUACUUUAAGUAACUCGAAAUUGUAACAAAAUUGAGCUCGAAAUGCUCUUUAUCGAAUAGUAAAUUGGACAAUUGAAUGAAUUUUACAGCGUAGUUCUGGUUCGGUGGCCGAUUGAAACUACUGCGUGAGUCACAUAGAUAUGAUAAAUUUUAGUAUGUAUAAAUGUAAAUCUUCACUGAUUUUGUUCAUCUUUUCAUUUCUUCAAUACUUCACACAAGUUUUUUUUUUUGUUAAUGUUUAAAAGCAUGAUGUCUAAAUAUUGGCAUGCCAAGUAAAGCUUGUCGUUGAACAUUUUAGAUAAUUAUGAUAUGUAUAGUUAAACUAUAAGAAAGUCACUAUAUAACUUUUCUGAUUAUUAAAAUGUAAAAUAUUCAACUUGAA